AAGUUUAAUUUUUCUACCAAAAAUGUGACGUUCAUUGGUUUCAGCUCCUCAUUUGUGAGAGUUUGUUGCUUUUCUUUGUCCCAUGAGUUAAUAAAUUAAAAAUCUUUGGGUUUUAGACGAAACAAAUAAUUCAUGUCCCCUUAAACUCAACGAAAUGAAUUUCUUACAUUUUAUAAAUCAAUUGAUCCAAUUGAUCAAUUGAUUAAAAAAAUAAUAGUUUGGGAUUUUUUAUUAGAUGCCAAGUCAGUUUCAAAAAUCAAAAGACUACUUUAAUCGUGAGUAGAAUUUUUGCAUCACAGUGGCGGAAAUGGGCUUCCAUGUGUUAAAAGAGGAAGGGGGCGCGCUGAGACUGCAGUAGUGUAGUGCGGGGUCCAGAUUUUGGUGCAACACCAAUGGGUACGAGUCUUAGGCAAGGUAAGGAAUUGUCUCCCUUUUAACCACACGGAGAAUGUAAAGCUUUUAUGUACUGCGAUAUUUGAGCCGAUUGUGCAUACUGUAUGCCAACACUUAAAAACUAUAAACAUUUCAAUGUGGCUCUUGAACGCGACAUGCAGGGUCCCUCCUCCUGUGAUUGGUCAGUUGAGGGCAGCUGUCUGUGACGUUGCAGGCAGCAGCAGGUGUGGACGGACACACUAGUUUUUUUUCACUUUAUUUUGGUCCGUCUGUCGAGCCUGCAGUCUCAUGCCACGGCGUUUGGUGAAAGUGAAGCGGGUGCUGGUCCAGGUCUGGGUGUGACUCCCUCUUUGUGUGUGUGUGAGUGCUCUCCUGUUAAGAUGUCGUCGGCCCAACAUGACGGGACCUUCAGUCAGCUCAAUAAGUUUGAGAAACUGUCGUGGAGGCCCUUCAUCCGAGACUCAGGCUCUAAGAAGCGGGCACGGUGGCUUCAGGCUCGACGCAUCUUCUCCCCUUCCUGUCCCAACCUGCGGAUCCCCAACAGGUUUCUGAGAGAAGGACACUGUGUACCUCCCGCCCGGAGUGGACACCGCUGUGUUGCAGACAGCACCAACCUGUACGUGUUUGGGGGCUACAACCCAGACUUUGAGGAGGCAGGCGGGUCAGAGAAUGAAGACUACCCUCUUUUCAGGGAGCUUUGGCGGUUUCAUUUUGCCACAGCCACGUGGCAACAAGUCCGCACGGAGGGUUACAUGCCUACAGAGCUGGCCUCUAUGUCAGCUGUUUUACAUGGCAACAACCUGCUUGUGUUUGGUGGUACUGGGAUUCCAUUUGGUGAAAACAAUGGCAAUGAUGUCCAUGUUUGCAAUGUUCAGUACAAGCGAUGGAACCUGCUCAACUGCAGAGGGAAAAAGCCCAACAAGAUCUACGGGCAGGCGAUGGUCAUCAUAAAUGGCUACCUCUAUGUGUUUGGAGGGACAACAGGCUACCUUUACAGCACUGACCUGCACAGGCUGGACCUCACCACCAGAGAGUGGGCCCACCUCAAACCCAACAACGCACCGUCAGACCUGCCUGAGGAGAGGUACAGACAUGAACUAGUUCAUGAUGGACAGAGAAUAUACAUUUUAGGAGGUGGGACUUCCUGGACAUCAUAUUCCCUGGACAAGAUUCAUGCAUAUAACUUGGAGACAAAUUACUGGGAGGAAAUAAUCACCAAACCCCAUGAAAAAAUAGGAUAUCCUGCUGCCCGCCGUUGUCACAGCUGUGUGCAGGUCAAAGAUGAGGUGUUUAUAUGUGGGGGUUAUAAUGGAGAGCUGAUCCUGUCGGACCUUUGGAAGAUCAACCUGCAGACUUUUCAGUGGACCAAGCUGCCUGCCAUCAUGCCGGAACCAGCCUACUUUCACUGUGCUGCAGUCACUCCUGCUGGCUGUAUGUACGUCCACGGCGGCGUUGUCAACAUGUCCGGGAACCGGAGGACUGGCUCUUUGUACAAAGUGUGGUUGGUGGUGCCUAGCUUGCUGGAACUGACCUGGGAAAAACUGCUGAAAACUUUCCCUCACUUAGCCCAGCUGUCCACCCUUCAGCUGCUCAGCCUGGGACUGACACACACACUAAUUCAGCGGCUCAAAUAGAGGGAGCGCAGAGACUGUAGGAGGCGGUAUGUGAUGGAGCAGCACUGGCUGUAAUAUUGCAGUUAACUAGGCAAAAAAGUUCCUGAAACAAAUUCUGAUGUCAGAUGGUUAUGAAAAUACUUUGAAUGCCUUUUAACUCCAGUCUUAUGUAAAUGUGUGUGCUUUUUUUUUUUUUUUUUUUUUUUUUUUUUAAAUACGAAGUGCAAUGUUUUAACUUUCUCUGUAUGUGAACGUGUCAGAUUGGACUUUGCACGUACCCGUCAUAAGCCAUGCAUCAGUGUGGAAACCAGAAUCACUGUAUGCUGAUUUCCACUUCCUUGUUGCUCAGGGGUAUCUUGUGCAAUACUCCGUUUUUUGUUUUAUUUAUUAAUUUUUUUUACCACACAUCGCUGUCACUCAAACUUGUGGAGCAUGAGCAAGAAUUGUUAAAUCUUCCAAAGACCAUUUCUUGAAAGGCAAAAUGAAUGUCGCUUCUGCUCGAGUAAUUUCAGCUUCUGUUUAGAGGUGCGCCUGUUUCACUGUUGAAGUGAAGAUGUGUUGCUGCCAGUCAGCUGCUGCUACGGCCACUGUGACAUAGGUAAGGUUUAGAGAUGACUGCAGUUUCAAACUGGAGAAAUUUGUGACCAGUUUUCAUCCUUAUAGACGCUUACAUUUCUAUUCAUCUAGAAAUAUGUUAAAUUCUCUGAAAAGUGGCUCACUGCUCAUCAUGCAUGUUAUAACUGUGAUACCUCUCAUCAGUCUAACUAGGUCAAUUAUUUAAGCAAUCAUGUUUUAGCCUCAAGGACUUCCUGAUUGUAUGCUAAUAUCGAGCUGUAAUUAAAUUGAAAAAAAAGUUUCCCUCACUGGUCACAUUAGGCCUUAUGAUCAGAUGAAAACCCAAAGGCCUCUUUAAAAUCAUCUGUGACAUUGCAUCACUGUGAAUCUUGUGCCUCUUCUAUUUUUCUUUUUGGAAAAAUGAAGCUGAGUACUUUAGAAAUGAAUUUACACACCUGUAGCUCCACAGCAAUUCUCAAGCCUUUUUAUUUCUUCAUUUGGUGCCUUCUGAAUGACCAAAAUAUCACACACAGUUAAAAAAAAAAAUGUUUUAAAGACUUUUAUCUCUUCAUUACUGUCUGAACUGUGUACAUGCAGGCCUUUUUUCUCCAUGUGAUUUAGCUGGUGCUCUCCAAGUGAGUCUUUUGUUGCUGAACUUUUUCUGCUCAUGAUUAUUCAGGAGAUACCACUGCCACUAAAGAUUUUUCAUCUACUUAAAUCCACUGACAUUUUUACCUAUUUAUUUUUCUCACCAUGCUGCUGUUUUAUUUAAUUUAUAUUUUUACACACAAUUUUGAAUUGUAGCAGAUCAUGUAGCUAUAUUUCCUUUUUACCUGAUUUCACUGUCCUGUCAAUGUCUGUGCUUCAACUCCAUUUUAACCUCUAGUUGUUUUUUUUUUUUAAACUUUUGGUCUUGUUUCUCGAGAGAACAUUGUGCUGUAACAAGGUAUGAGUUGUAUGUGAGGAGCAUGUCAGGCGUACUCAGGAUGUAAAAUACUGUGAUAUGGCUCCGCAAACAUUAACUAUCGUUAAAAUGUCAGCAGGCUCAGUCAUUUCUGUGAAAUCAGAUUUAGGUACGCCCUGCAUGACUUUGAUGAAAACCAAACUUUUGCUGUUACUGUGGACUGUAAUUCUUGAAUACUGUAGUAACACUUCCAGCUGCUUGCCUUUCUUUCAUCUGUUUGGUUAAUCUCUAUCUUCAAUUUUAAUAUUGAGUUGAGUAUCUCGGCAGCAUUUUAUUUCACACAUUCACUGUAGCUGUGUUGGUACAAUAUCAAGCUAAACUCAUCUGAAAGUUAUUGUAUUAUAAUUCCCUUGUUCACAUUCAAAAUCCCACUUCAGUCACUUUUUUCUGAGUUUGACAUGUUAUGGCCUUAUUUGUGUCUUAUUGUGAAGCCAGGGUCCGCUUCAUGACAUGCUCAGACCAUAUCGCUUAAGAUUGAGAUGUUUAUAUUUGCAUCAUUUUUGAUGUUAAUGAGAGUUGAAUGAUCUCUUUUGCAUGUCAGUAUGCUGUGCAUGUCACUUUACACAAACUCCUUGGAGAAAAGGUGAAUAUGUCCUCAAAGACAAUUACGGCUAUAAUGUACAUCAUGUUUUGUAAUUCCUGUCUGUACAAACAAUAAAAACACGGGCAGCCGGUUUUUCAGAA